CAGCUCGUGUGCGCCAGCUAGCCCUGCUUGUAGCCAGUUAAACCCCCGCGAGGCCCCCGCCGACAGCCCGGGAUCGACCCGCCGCUCCAUCGUCCGACAGCCGUUCAUGCCACACGGUGUCCGGUGCGCGCAGCCCGCUGCGCCGCCGCCGCUGCCGCUGCUGCCGGGGCUCCAGGACGCGUUGCGGUGGUGGAGGAGAGCAGCCGAGCUAGACAGCGGGAGGAGGAGGAGAGCAGACCGGAGCGGGAUCCGUUGUUUAUUUCGUUUUUUGAUCAUUGGUAUCGAUCAGCCAGUGAACGUGCGCGAGGACCGAUCCGCCAUGCAGAGCCGCGGGCUCCGAGCCGGACUGGACCGGGACCACCGGAGCUAAAGGCAGGUCAGAUUGCAGGGGACCGUUGGAGAGACGCCGUCACGUGACCCCCGGUACCAAAUGGUCUUCCGGCAGCGGCUGUCAACAAGGACCGGAGCACAAGAAGACGCCGCCACCUCUCUCAGAAAUGCAGAAGACGACAUACUACGACAACUCCUCGACUCUUUUUGGUGGCUACUCAUCCUACCAGGUGCAGGGGGCGGCAGCGGCAGCGGCGGCGGCGGCAGCCGCCAACGGCUUCGGGGGCUACGAUGCCCCGGUCCCGGUGUCCCACCACCAGCCGGCCUUCCAGUCGGCCCCCCAUCUGGAUGUGGAGUCCUACCAGCGCUCCGCCUGCUCCCUGCAGUCGCUGGGUGGUAACGGCGGCCACCAGCAGCAGCAGCAGCUCGCCAAGACCAAGGAGCUGAACGGCAGCUGCAUGCGGCCCGGCCUGCCGCCCGAGCACCACCCCGGCUCCCAGCCGUCCCCCCCGCUGCCCCCCGGCUCCAGCAACGGCGGCACCGCGGCUCAGCAGCCGGGGGGCAGCGCCGGGGCCUCCUCGGCCUCCAAGUCGGGCCCCAGUAAGUCGUCCGCCUCGUCCUCCUCCACGUCCUCCUCCACGUCCUCCUCCUCCUCCUCGCUGCCGCCCAACCCCGCCCUGGCCAAGCAGAUCUUCCCCUGGAUGAAGGAGUGCCGGCAGGCCACCAAGCAGAAAACCUCCUCUCCCAGCAACACCUCUGGCAACGCCUCAGGAGGAGCCGAGAGCGGCAGCAGCGGGGAGAAGAGUCCCACCGGAGGCUCGUCGGCCUCGUCCAAGCGGGCCCGCACGGCGUACACCAGCGCCCAGCUGGUGGAGCUGGAGAAGGAGUUCCACUUCAACCGCUACCUGUGCCGGCCGCGGCGCGUGGAGAUGGCCAACCUGCUCAACCUGUCGGAGCGCCAGAUCAAGAUCUGGUUCCAGAACAGGCGCAUGAAGUACAAGAAGGACCAGAAGUCCAAGGGCCUGAGCUCCAGCUCCGGGGGGCCGUCCCCGACGGGCUCCCCGCCGCUCACCAUGCAGUCUUCCGCCAGCUUCCUCAACUCCAUGCACCCCAUGGGCGGGGGAGGCGGGGGAGGGGGCUACGACCCGCCGUCCCCGCCGUCCUUCGGCAAGCCUCACCAGGGAGUGUCUUACUCCAUGUCCACUGCCUAUUCCAACGUCCCCAUGAAGGGCUGCCCCCCUCAGCAGAAGUACGGCGGCCCGGACCCAGACUAUGGCGAUCCCCACCCUCACCACGGCCUCGUGCAGGCCAACAGCGCCGGCUACGGGACCCCCACCAACAUGCAAGCCAGUCCGGUGUACGUGGGGGGCAGCGGCUACGUGGAGCCCAUGCCCGGCUCCGGCCCCUCCAUGUACGGGCUGAACCACCUGGGCCCCACGCCGCCUCACCACCAAACUAUGGACUACAAUGGCGCGGGGCCCAUGUCGGCCGCCAACCAGCACCACGUGGGCGGAGGGGGUCCGCCGGGGCCCUGCGACCCGCCCACGCACCCGACGUACACCGAGCUGUCGGCGCACCACACCUCGACUCAGGGCAGAAUCCAGGAAGCACCCAAGCUCACUCACCUGUAGCAGGUUUGGAACAAAAAAUGACGACGUAGGAAACAGUGAAGACGACGAGUUACACCACACGACUCACCAACACACUGACUGACAUGUGGGGACGGGACCGCUGCCGGGGGGACGGACGGAGACGGAGGAGACGGAGGAGACGGCGACAGAGACGGAGCUGUCCACUGGUGGGUCCUGACGGUGUUGGUGUCGUUCUGCCCUCACCCUGCUUCCGCUGCCUCCAUCAGACCACAUCAGAGGGCUAACGCUUGGCUGGGUUUCAUCUUUAAAAGGCUCUGUUGAAUAUCAGGUGGCAGAAAUGGACCAAAACUCUUCCCAUGAACAAAAAACAUAGAUGAAGGCGCAUCACGGCAGUGAAAUCUAGAACUCUCCAGGGAUUUAAAAUCUCUCUCUCAACUCCUAAUUCUUAAAAAAAAAAAAAAAAGCAUAAAACAAAUAAGAAAGUUCAGCUUUCUGUUCAGGUAUUUCAAAUGUAAACCUAAAAUGUCAUUCUGACAGAUAUUGUUGGCUUACAAAACAUUUAAAAUACAUUUAUAUGAUACAAAGCCGAUUUAGAGUUAAAACCUCAAAUAAUCCAGAUCUAUCUUUAAGAUGUUUUUUUUUUUAAUUAUAGUUUUGCUCUCAAAACAUUAUAACAGGUGAACCUUCACAAUGCUGAAGAUUCAGAGGACGAAUCAUGACCGACUGAGAUGCUGUGAGCAGUUCAACCUGCUUCAGAGAUCAUCAGGCUUUCAUUCUUCUUCUUAGGCAUUUUUUAAGCCAUUUCCGAUUUGCAGACAAACCCUUUAAGAGGACCUGACUGCCUCCUGGUCCCUGAGCAGGAGGCAUCCUGGAGGCGGGAGAGGUGAGGCGACACUCAAUUGUCCCCCACGCAGUCCACCCUCCAGGGACAGCCACGGCCAGGAAGACGGUCCUGCAGAGACGUAUCGGCAGCUGAAUGCAGUGAACGCCGUCUUUUAAUCACAAUUCAUUAGCCUGAAAACAUCCCUCAACUGACAGAGCACACAGGACAUCAGCCAAUUCCACAUCUGGACUGGAUGUAUUUAUCAGAGGAACCAGAGCGAAACGUAAAAAUAGAGGAAAAGCUUUCUAUAAUAGUUAGUUGUCUCUGCGAAAUAACUGCAGCAUUAUUACUGGAUAAUUAAAAGGCUGAGCUUCAUGGCUACAACUGCAUUAAUGCACUUUUCACUGCAGCAGCAUGCGGUAAAAAAAGCACAUAUAAUGAGUCAGUUAGAGGCGGCGUAAAAUUGUACUUUGUUAAUAAAAUCUCCCCCCUAAGACUCACGUAUACAAACAGCUCUCCCGCCUGGUAAAUGAAAGAGUUGAGGUUUUAAUGGGCAGUUAACGAGGUGCUCAGAUUUAUGACCCCGAGCACUCUCCCCCUCCGGGCAGCACAUGUUGUUGUCAGGAGGGCUGAGCUAUGUGGAGGGCUCUCCCUCUCCAUCACCUCCGCCUCCUCCGCCUCCUCCUCCUGACCUCCGCCUCCUCCACCAUCCUCACCCCGUCACCACCACCCCAGCAGCUCCUGUGUGAGGCUGCAGCAGCAGCACACGGCUUCUGAAGGAGGCAAGACCAUUCCCACAAUCCCCCACAGACCGUACCCCCACUCACUCACACACACACACACACACACACACAUACACACACACACACACACAUACACGUGCACACACACUGAGACACUACUCUACUACUCUACACUACCCAUCACUGUAACAGGGUUUUGGAAGCUAUGAGCUUAAAGGCUGAAGUAGCUCCUUCAGAUGUACAUCUACGCUAAUCUCCUUUAGCUACUCACACUUUUACACACACACACACACACACACGCGCGCGCGCGCACACACACACACACACACACCAAUGCUAAGCUAGCUUCCUUUUGUUGACACACAUCUGCAGCCAGGGUAUGCCAGCUGUUGACAUCUUCAAACAAACACAGGAGACGGCAGAAGAGACGUCUUUAUUCUUAUUUUAGCACAUCAUCGGCACAGGGUAAAGAGUAAUACAAGAGAACACUAUUUAUGUUUGGCUGAAUCAUUGCCCCCCCUUCUCUCUCUCUCUCUCUCUCUCUCUCUCUCUCUCUCUCUCUCUCUCUCUCUCUCUCUCUCUCCCAUUAGCAGAAACCAAGUUCACAUUUGCUCUGGUUUGGUUUUGUUCUCACAUAUCUUGACUUUUUAACGUGGAUACAGGGUAAAUAUAUUUGAACAAAAAUGCAUGUCCCAGAGGUGUGAGCUCGGGUGUGUGAAGCCUGUUUGGAAGGAGGAGGCUGGAUGUGUGUGAGCUGUCAGAGGGGGGUCAUUCGGACCCUCUCAGAGGUCACCCAGGAAUCCAUCCUGCUGGAUCCUUCUCCAGAGCAGCUUCCACACCAGCGCUCUCGUCUGGGCGUCAUUGUUGCACUUAGAGUUUACAUUUUGAUGGUUAAAGGU